AUGACGCUCUACAGCCCAGAGGCCUGUGGCACCGCGACCAGGAUUUUUCAAGUGGCGAGGCGUGGGUCCGGAUCGAAGGAGGGCGUUGGCCAGCGAGUGGGGUCGGCCUGCAGGGGUGGGCGUGUCGGAGGAGCAGGGUGGGCGUGCCAGAGGAACAGGCCUGUGGAGGUGGGCGUGUCGGAGGAGCAGGGUGGGCGUGUCAGAGGAACAGGCCUGUGGAGGUGGGCGUGUCGGAGGAGCAGGGUGGCCGUGUCAGAGGAACAGGCCUGUGGAGGUGGGCGUGUCGGAGGAGCAGGGUGGGCGUGUCAGAGGAACAGGCCUGUUGGGGUGGGCGUGUCGGAGGAGCAGGCCUGCAAGGGUGGGCGUGUCGGUGGAGUCAGGUGGGCGUGUCGGAGGAGCAGGCCUGCAGAGGUGGGUGUGUCGGAGGAGCAGGGUGGGCGUGUUGGGGGAGCAGAGGUGGGCGUGUCAGAAGAGCUGGGUGGGCUUUGUCAGAGGAGUCAGGUGGGUGUGUCGGAGGAGCAGGCCUGCAGAGGUGGGCGUGUCAGAGGAGCAGGGUGGGCGUGUCAGAGGAGCAGGGUGGGCGUGUCGGAGGAGCAGAGGUGGGCGUGUCAGAAGAGCAGGGUGGGCUUGUCAGAGGAGUCAGGUCCAGGGCCCGUGCCCCACAAGGCCUUGCAGGAGAGCUCGCAUUGGCAGUACCGCAGGCGGCCACAGGGGGUCAGCAAACCGACGGCCGCCCAGCCAAUCGCCGAGCGCGGGAAGAUCGGCGUGAUCUUCAACGUGGGCACGGACGACAUCACCAUCGACGAGAGCGCCGUGGUGGUGAACGACGGCAAGUACCACGUGGUGCGCUUCACCCGCAGCGGGGGCAACGCCACGCUCCAGGUGGACAACCAGCCCGUCAUCGAGCGCUACCCGUCAGGGAACUAUGAUAGUGAACGCCUGGCUAUUGCUAGACAAAGAAUACCAUACAGACUCGGUCGGGUAGUUGACGAGUGGCUACUCGACAAAGGCCGGCAGCUGACCAUCUUCAACAGCCAGGCGUCCAUCAAGAUCGGGGGGCGCGACAGGGGGCGGCCCUUCCAGGGCCAGAUCUCGGGCCUCUAUUACAACGGGCUGCAGGUGCUGAAGCUGGCGGCCGAGGGGGACCCCAACGUGCAGGCGGAGGGGAACCUGCGGCUGGUGGGGGACGUGCCCUCCGUCCUGACCACCGAGACCACCUCCACCACCCCCCUGGCCGACAUGUCCACCACCAUCAUGGAGACCACCACCACCAUGGCCACCACCACGACCCGCAAGCAGCGCUCGCCCACCAUGAGGGACAGCGUCACGCAGAACACGGAUGACCUGCUGGUCGCGUCGGCAGAGUGUCCCAGUGAUGACGAAGACCUCGAGGAGUGUGAGCAGGGCACUGGAGGUGAAUUAGUCCUGCCCAUAAUUACCGUGGACUCCCUAGACCCCCCCUCCAUUGCCACCCGCUACCCCGUCAUCCCCCCGCCCCCCACGUACCGCCCGUUCCUCACCCUGCUCGAGACCACCAAAGAGUCCCUGACCCUGCCCAACGUGCGGCCCCCCUGCCCCCCGGACCAGGAGGACUGCGAAGACCCCAUCGACGUCUCGGCCUACGGCUCGGGGGAGAUGACGGAGUCGGACGACGAGGAUUAUUACAAAAACUCCCCGCUGGUCACGGACAGGACGGUCCUGCCCCCGCCGCCCGCCGCCAGCGGGGGCGCCGAGGGCGCCCAGCACCCCCGGGGCGACCGCCACUUCCUCCCCAAGCCCAACUCCCGCUCCCCUUCGUCUUCGUCGUCCGCCUCCUCCUCCUCUUCCUCCUCGUCCCCCACCCCCAACCCCGACCAGCUCCACCGGCAGCACAAGCCCAGCGGGCACAUCCCCGCCGGCAAGAUGAACACCCGCGACCAGGUGCUGCUGCCCCCGGCCCCCACCCCCUUCGACCCCGACCACGGCGGCCGGCACCGGCACCACCCCCACCCCGGUAUAACCUACCCCCCCAAUUUCCACAAUCUGCCCACAGCCAACCCCACGGGCCCCGGCGAGAGGGGCCCCCCCGGCGCGGUGGAGGUGAUCCGGGAGUCCAGCAGCACCACGGGCAUGGUGGUGGGCAUCGUGGCGGCCGCCGCCCUCUGCAUCCUCAUCCUGCUCUACGCCAUGUACAAGUACCGCAACCGGGAUGAGGGCUCCUACCAGGUGGACCAGAGCCGCAACUACAUCAGCAACUCGGCGGCGCAGAGCAACGGCGCCGUGGUCAAGGAGAAGCAGCCCGGCGCCGCCAAGACCGCCACCAAGAACAAGAAGAACAAGGACAAGGAGUACUACGUCUGAGAGCGGCCGGAGGGGAGAGGCAGACCGGGGGGGGGGGGGGGGGGGAGGAGAACAAGCCUUGGGCAAUGCCAGCUCCCCCCUCCCCCACCACCACCACACCACCCUUCGCCCCUGACCGCAUCAACGCCAAAUCUCAACGGUCCCCACCCCACGCCCCCCCUCCAUCCCCGACGACGCUGCCAUCUUGUUUUCGCCUUGCCUGGUUCGUUCUUUUGCGCCUGGCACUUGGGGAAAUGGCCGGGCGGUACCCCACCCACCUUCGACGGAGAGACACGGCCGGCCAGGAAAGGAAGGGGAAGGCCCGGGGCUGGAUCGCGGCGCCCUCCAGAGGCUCGUUCUUCUUUUUCCUUUCCCCCCUGCUGUCGUGUGUGUGUGUGGCCAGUCUCCGCCGUUUCCAGUUAAUUCGCGACUGAAACGCCCCCCCUCGCGAAAGCAACAAACUUAAUGAACUGCUGCCGAGGCGUUUGCGACAGAAUGGGAAGGGAAUUAUACCCCGCUCUCCGGCGAGGCGCUGAGCGGGCGGAAACGCCGCCAUCUUGCGCUCGAAGGCUGCCCCCCCCGACUUCCUGUCCUUUUUCUCGGAGGCCUGAGGGGCCCUUAUGAAAGAAAUCAAGUGCAUCUGACGGCAGUAAAAGAGAAAAAAAAAGACAGGAGGGGGCUGACAGCGUUUUGUUUAAAAAAAAAAACGAACCGUUUGAACUCAACCGUCUCUCGACAAGGAGCCGGCAAUGGACUCCUGUCUGGAGAGACAGGGUCCCCCAGCCCGGCAUCGCUUUUAGAAAGAGCCUGCAAAAAAAAAAAACAAUAUUGACAAGAAUAUCGGAACGAAAUGGGGGGGAAAAAAAGCCUCAAAUGCUAACCGUCGUCCCAGCCUGCAGCUGCUACCUUUUCCACCUCUGGGUCUCUCCCUCCCUCUCUCUCUCUCUCUCUGUCCCGCCUCUCUCUUUCGUCCGACUAAGGUGCUAAUGCGACAUUAUUUUGCUGUGUUUCGAAGCAUGUAGUAUUCCUGUACAAAAGAAGAAAACAAAAAGCCGUUUCAGUGACACGAAAAAAAAAAGGUGGGGGACGAAGCUACAUCGUCGUCUCCGCCCACCCCCCCCUCCUCAAGACCGGGGAGAGAAGCCGGGUGGCGUGACGGACGGCGCCAAUUAUUUAAUAAUUUAAAAAAGAAUCAAAACCGCGUCAAAGACUUUGGUAUAAAUAUAUAUGUAAAGACCUUUCAGACACCUGUGGACUACCUGGAAGCUUAUUGUGAGAACAAAACUGGGUGCUUGGCGCUGGGAAAUUACCCAGGCGAAGAGACACUUGUUCAUUUCAAAGAGACAUAUUUCCCCCCUGACGACGACAAGACGCUAACGGGGGGACAGGCAGCCAUCUUGUUUUUCCUGGCGAACGAAAAGGGAACGAAAUUAAAAGCGAAGAAACGAGGAUUUUUACCGGCUUAAAAGAGCGAAGGACAUUCUUGCGGAAGGCUUAAAGCCUUCGAUAGUCUUGACAAGGAGGGGGAAAGCAAACCUAACCGACUUUUAAGGCGACUUUUUCGUCGUUUUUCCCCAUCGGUCGAGACCGGAAUGAAACCGAUGACGGACAAAACGCCGCCUGAAUAACACUUGUGAAGAGAAAAUUAAAAAAAUAAAAAAGGAGACCAGGGUCCUCUUGAGAUGAGACAGAACUCUAGUAUUCCAAUUUUUUUCUUGAGUCCAUUAAAAAAAAAAACUGUUAACAUGAAAAGAAAAAAAAACCUUUAAAAAGUUUGUGAAAUGUCUAAAUAUUUGAAUCUCUCAUCCCCCAUUGCCGAGGAUAACGUGUUUUCCCUGUUAACCAUUCCUGUUUCAGAAUGACAAAAAAAAAAUUAGUCUGAGAAACUUCAAAUUUGUAUGCUUUUUUUCCUACAUGACCGCCGUAAUUUGGGUUUAAACACAUCUCAGAUGCUCUCCUCUUAACAGUUAGAGGGAAUUCAACCCACUAACACUUGGUUCCAUUGUUAAAGCAAAUCUGUGCCGAUAUCACACUUUGGUGUAGAAAACUGAAGCCCAGUUUCACUUUCCAUAUAUGUUUUCUGUCAAAAUCUGAUCCCAUUUGAAGAAGGUAGCUGGAUCCUUCAUUUUAUUGACUUAUUAUUUAUAUUUCUGUUCAUAUUUUUCUUUUUUUUUUUCUUUUUUUUUUACAAACUGUACAACCAUAGGCUACUCCCAGUAUCUUCCUGUUCUUAUUAAAUGUUAUUGUAAAGUGUUGCCAGUGAGAUGAAAUCUAAAUAUGUGUACAUUAACAGAGGGAAAAAAUACAAUUGGUUAUAUACUUCUUAAACCUGAUGCGUCAUGUGCUUUGUUCUUGAGAACAGCUGUUGCACUGUCUCGGUGGGAUAACCACAGGAGUCCAAGGACAUCACGUCACUUUUGAAACAGGACAUGGGGAUUGUAAAACUGCCACUGAAUACAAUGUCAGGAAUACAUUAUGCUGUUGUUAAACUGAGUAUGCUCAAGCAGAGAAAUAACAAAAACAUUCCUUAAGUGUUAAUAUUAAAUUUCAUUAAAGGCAUCCGUUA